AUGAGCUCCUCCAAUGUCAGCAACGUCUCGGCAUCUGCGCUUUUCAACGUCAAUGGCCUUGUCGCCCUCGUCACAGGUGGAGGCUCAGGGAUCGGGUACAUGAUUGCCAAAGGUCUCGCACAUAACGGCGCCUCCAAGGUGUACAUUGUCGGCCGUCGCCUGCCCCUGCUGGAGAAGGCCGCUGCGGACCUUGGCCCCAACGUGUCCCCGUUACAAUGCGACGUGACCUCCAAGGAAGACCUCCAGCGCGCGGCCAAGUCCAUCACAGAUGAUACCGGCUAUCUCAACCUCCUCGUGUGUAACUCUGGCAUCGGUGGUCCGCAGGUGUCGCCUCUCACGCCCGAGACCAAGCUCGAGGACUGGGCGGACCAGAACUUUGCGCUCGAUUUCGACGACUAUGUCAACACAUUCAAGGUUAACGCGGCGGCUGUCUGGUACACCACCAUGGCGUUUCUCAAGCUUUUGAAUCUGGGCAACCAAAAGGGCAACGUGACGCAGAGCUCGCAGGUCAUCGUGACGAGCUCCAUUGCCGCGUACAACAAGAAGGCCCCGGGGGGUUGGGCGUACGGCCAAAGCAAGGCGGCAGCGACACUUGCCGUCAAACAGCUCUCCGUGGCUCUGCCACAAUGGAACAUUCGGGCCAACUGUAUAGCGCCAGGACUCUUCCCGAGCGAAAUGUCGGAGCCUAUCGUGAAGCGCUACGCCGGUUCUUCAGGGACACCCGGCGCUGUGCCGACGUCCAUGAUCCCCAUUGGUCGCAUGGGCAGCGAGGAGGAUAUGGCGGGCACGCUGCUAUACUACGCCUCGCGCGCGGGCGCCUACACCAACGGCGAUGUCAUAGUGGUCGACGAUGCAGAGCCCGUCGUUCCGGCCGGACCCGUCUCCACCAUAGCCGGCGUCCCGGAGCAGCUGCACUUGGACCGACCGGCCUACGUUUAA